AUGGCCUUGCCGUCAUCUUCGCCAACGGAGACGGCCUGGAAGUGGCCUUCUUAUUCAGAAUCCGUUCAAACCGAGCGGCUUUCACCGGGAAGCUCAGGCGUUGAUACAGCAAUGGAAUCCUCAUCGGCUGCAACUACACACUCAGCAACUUCCUCCUGUGCAGAUUCUUGGAGUAUAGGCUACGAGGACCGCGAGGAUAAGGAUGAUGAAUCAACGUGGGAUAAAUGGAAUGCAGGCCAGACCGAAACGUUGGCCGCCCUCAAGUCCGAACCAGACGACGAUGAUAUUAAGCUAGGCGAGCUAGCAGCUGCACCAUUGACGCUGGUGCUGCAGAAUGUGCCGCGAGAAUGCCCCGAGGUCAAGCAAAAGCGACCGCGUGGUAGACCCAGGAAACAUCUUCCCUCAACAGCCGUCUCUUCAAGCAAGGUCACGAAAGGGAGGUCCAAAACUGGAUGCAUCACUUGCCGUAAAAGAAAGAAGAAAUGUGACGAAGCCAAGCCGCGAUGUAUGAACUGCGAGAAGAACGCGGUAGUCUGCGAAGGAUAUCACGAGAAACAAAUUUGGAGAAGUGGCAAGGAUAAGGCGGAAGAGGAGCGUAUGCGCCAAGCGUCCCAGCCCAUCAUUACUAUGCAGCCGAUUUUUCAUGGCGUAGAAAACGCCGAGGAUAUGAUUCUUUGGAAGCAUUACAUGAACCAUCUCAGCAAUGUGCUGACAGUGGAGGGUGAGGCUAAGAAUGCCUUCAAAGACAUCAUCCUGCCGCUCGCAAACCAGCAUCAAGGCUUGAUGCAUUCAAUUCUUGCUUUGAGCAGUAAGCACAUCGAUAUGGAUUCGCCCUAUGGGUCCAAAAUAUUACAAGCCAACCCAGGCGCAACACGCGAGAGUUUACAACAACGGGGCGAUCAUCACCACGAAGAAGCCUUGAAAAGACUCUACCAGGACAUGGAGAACCAUGUCGGCAAAGAUGACGAAUCGUAUGAAACUGUUCUUGCGGCAAGAUACGGCCAGAUUCUUUGCCUGCUACUCCAAACCCGGGCUGAGGGCAAUCCAAGGGGGGAGCAUCGUGUUCAUUUACAAGCAUAUCAGACACUUAUCCAACACUCUCCGCCGGAAAAUGAAAGCCUGCUUACUUUCAUCACCGAAUUCUUCCAGUACCAUGUGUACGCAGAUGAGCUGUUGCGGUAUGCGGGAGCCACCUCGAGCCGCUUGUCGUCUGAAAAUUGGCAAACCAGCAUCGCGAUACAGCCCCCUCGACUUAUUGGGGUCAGAGACGGACUAUUUCAUUGCCUUUUGCAGAUUACGAUUCUCAGAGACGCCAUUCGCAAAAACAUGGUCGCCUCGGUGGAUCCUGUCGUCGAUUAUACUAGUUUGUAUCGAGCAGCAGAGAUAGACGCAGCGAUUAGGCAGUGGACUCCUCACUGGCCUCCAGGAGACAGCCGUCAUCGGGUCGGGCCUCUUUACAAGCAGAUGAUGUGGGUGUACUUGUUCCGCACCAUUUACCCACCGUUGCCAGCGCCUGCGAUGCGACGUUUCACAAACACAACAUUGCCUGCGGCAUCAGCGCGGUCGCUCGGCGGUACAAGCAUGCAGCGACGACGGGCUUCCACUGUUGCUAGUGUUGGUUCUUCGGCAAGCUCGAUAGCAGCAGCAGAAACGACAGCAAAAACAGCCGGCAACGGCAGCGUACCUGGCGCUCUCUCCACCCACAGCUGUCCUUUAUCCCGCAACCCGUCUCGCGCCAGCUCGAUGCACGAGCACGAUUGGAGUCAUCAAACACGGCUCGAAGGCGCAGCUGCAGCAGACAGACACAUGCAAUCCUCCCCGCCGCCUAGCAGAAGGCCGGCGCAGGAUGACACACGAAUAACGCUCGCGGUAGAAGAGUCUCUGGCCAUACUGGAGACCUUUAAGCCAUCUGACCCAGCGCAGACGCUCCUCCUGAUUCCGUGCAUGGUAAUUGGCACUGCCUGUUUCAGUGCCGCACAGCGCCAAAGAAUCCGGACAACGGUCAGAGUGAUCCGUGGCUACACGGGCCUUCGGAACUGCGACCGCGUUUUGGAGUUGCUGGAAGAGGUGUGGUCGUUGGCGGACCGUGGGGAAUGGCUGACCGCAUGGGACUGGCAGUUUGUUGCCGAGACGAGGGGUUUGGACUUUUUGUGUGCUUGA